UCUCUAGUCCUGAUCUGAGGUCAGUAACAACAUCAUUCUCUCUCAGCUGAAAGUACGUGUGAUAUAGGAGUUUAAAUAACUGUCGCUUUUUGCUGUGGAAAUAAAGACAGCGAAGGCUUUUCAGGCUGUUGCUUGACAAACGUCAGUUGCAACAGCAGCAGCGGUGAAAGGAUUUUAAGUCAUGGCAAAGAAGAAGAAGAAGUCAACUUUUGACUGUUUUGGAUUUUUUCUCUCUGCGGCGACGCUGCUGUUUCUGACCGGGAGUCCGGUCUGGGCGAAACCGCCUGUAGACAGCAUCCACCGUCCACCCAAAAUCCCACAGCCUCUUCCAGUCCAGAGGUUUUACCUGGGGCCUGAUCAGCUCCGACAGCUGCACUUCAAACCCACCGUCAACUCCAUCCAGCUGUCCGAGGGACAUGAGACAAAAUUCAACUGCUCUAUCGACAUCCCUGAUCCCAGGGUGGAACCCACCAUCCUGUGGAUGAAGAACGGCCAGGACCUGGCAGCUAACGGUCAAGUGGUGAUCAAUGAGCUGCAGACCAUCACAGAUGGAGUCGCGACUCUUCUCUCCACUGUCAGCAUUAACUAUGUUCAGAGAGUGGAUGCCGGGGAGUAUCGCUGCCGACUGAGUGUGGCCAACACACUUGUGGAGUCCUCACCGAUCAUUAUUGAAGUGAAUGGUUUACCCACAUUUAUCCGUCAACCCGAGGACAGGAACGUCUCCAGAGAUACCUCUUUCACACUGAUCUGUGAGGCGGUUGGGCCUCCAGACCCCGUUCAGAUUCGGUGGCUCCGUAAUGGAUUACCUGAUAGUGACUUCUUUUAUUCUCCCAGCAGUUACUCUGUGUCAGGUGUGUACAAAUACACAGAAUUCAGCUGUGAAGCUCACAACGCCAAGGGUGUCACCACCUCCAGAGAAGCAAAUAUUAACAUCAAAGUUCUUCCACGUCCUGUGUCUAAUAUUACUGUGGUGGAAACCCAGUCCAAUAAGUUGAAGUUGAGCUGGAGCCCUGGCCACGAUGGCUUCUCUCCACUUACCAAAUGCCACAUCAGAGUUAAAGAGGUGAGUCGGCGGAAGGGGGAAGUGAUGACCACCAGAUUCAUUAAUGUCACAGUGCCGCCGUUUGAGUGUGAAGUCUCUGGGCUCCAGUCCAUGACGUUGUACAACAUUAGUGUUUCCUGCAGCAAUGAGGUGGGGGCUUCUCCCUUCUCAAGGUGGAUCCAGAGCAACACCACAGAAGGAGUGCCUUCAGUUUACCCCCGAAACGUCACAGUGCAACUGAAUGAGUCAUGGCUGAUGAUAAGAUGGAAGCCGCCACCGGAAGAUAAGAUAAAUGGAAUUCUACGGGGUUAUGAUGUUAUUGUCCGGCACGGGACACAUGAGAAAAAAAUCCACAGCUACAACACCAUGGCCUCUGUGCCCGUGCAGGAAUUCAACACGACCUAUAGCGUGGAAGUUGCAGCGUGCACACAGGCAGGGAGUGGAAUGAUAAGCCCACGGGUCUGGCUUUUUGUGCCAGAAGACAAAUUGGCCGUUUCGCCAUCGUCCAUUCCAGACACUGGGGUUUCAGACUCUGUCUACGUUGUACUGGGAGUAGUGUGUAGCUUUUGUGUCAUGCUGCUCGUCCUGUGGGCUGGUAUUUGUGUCUAUAACCGCACCUCCGUCUACUGGUUCAGGCAGAUGUUUGGAAGUGAAGAAAAGCCUCAGCCAGUUGUCGAGUACAAACCCCAAAGAUCCUACAAUCGAUCAGCCGUAGGAGUCUCCUUUGGGAACCUUGGUGUUAGUGAAGAACUCCAAGCCAAACUUCAGGAUGUGAUGAUCCUGAGGAGUUUACUCAUGAUAGGGAAGAUUCUUGGAGAAGGUGAAUUUGGCUCAGUAAUGGAGGGACAUUUAAGACAACCCAAUGGAACGACAGAGAAAGUGGCUGUAAAGACAAUGAAGUUGGAUAGUUUCUCCCAGAGGGAAAUUGAGGAGUUCCUGAAUGAAGCGGUCUGCAUGAAGGACUUCAACCAUCCUAAUGUCAUCAGGCUGCUUGGUGUUUGUUUGGAGGAUGGGUCUGGGAAUUUUCCCAAACCCAUGGUCAUCUUGCCAUUCAUGGAACAUGGAGACCUGCAUAGCUUCCUGCUGCGUUCACGCCUUGGAGAGAAUCCAAGAUUCUUGCCUAUACAGACUCUCCUAAAGUUCAUGGUCGACAUUGCUCUAGGUAUGGAAUACCUCAGUGGACGCAACUUCCUACACCGUGACUUGGCAGCUCGCAACUGCAUGCUGCGUGAUGACAUGACGGUGUGUGUAGCUGACUUUGGUUUGUCAAAGAAAAUCUACAGUGGGGAUUAUUACAGGCAAGGCAGAAUAGCUAAGAUGCCUGUUAAAUGGAUCGCAGUAGAAAGUCUGGCUGACAGAGUGUUCACUGUAAAGAGUGACGUGUGGGCUUUCGGUGUUACUAUGUGGGAAAUUGCAACACGAGGCAUGACGCCCUAUCCUGGUAUUCCAAACCAUGAGAUUUAUGACUACCUGGUGGAAGGACACAGACUGAAACAGCCAGGAGACUGCUUGGAUGAGCUAUAUGAAAUCAUGUACAGCUGCUGGAGGGCUGAUCCACUGGACCGACCAUUGUUUCCUCAAUUGCGAGUAAUGUUGGAAAAGCUUGCAGAGAAACUUCCAGAAGUUUCCACCAGAGACCAGAUCAUUUAUAUCAACACAAGCUUUCCUGAAGAGGACCCUGAUGGAGAAACAACUCUACCAGAACAUCCUGUCUUCAGCUCCUCCCCAUCCUGCAGCCAAUUGGUGGCAGAAAAUGCAGUAAUUACUGCGGACAUUCAUGGGAGUCUGGAGGACGAUGAAGAAGAGCAAGAUGAUCGAUAUGUGGUAGUCAUCCCCUCUGAUCCUUCCCUCAGGUCUCCUACAGCGGACACUCCUCUUUUGUCUAACAAUUCUCUACGACAAGAAAAUGGAGGAAUAGACACUGAUACACCAAUGACAGAGCACGGCACAAGUGACAUGUCUUUCCUACUAUAGUGAUUGGUACUGGAAAAUUGUGUGGUUGUACGGACACAAAGUCAAUGAAAGGAUCUGCAAGCACCAGUAAAACAUGUCUGCCACUACGGGUAUGAGAAGAAACCGAAAGAUUUUUACCUCAAAAUGGAAAAAAAAACCAACAUUAUACAUGAAUACUUAGGUGUAAAAGAAGUUUACAGACAGGGUAAACUAAAUUUCUUCCCGAUUGUCAAAAUACACUCUGAUGAACAUAUUCUUCAACGUGUAAAGCAAGCUUAAACCUUUUAUAUUGUAGUUUGAAGAUUCUGUUAGGCAACUGGAACUGAAUUUUCUAAUAAUUAAAAGAAGACGUUUCACCUCUCAUCCCAGAGGCUUCUUCUAUUCUGAAGUAGCCUCUGGGAUAAGAGGUGAAACAUCUUCUUUUAGAAAAUUCACGUCCAGUUGCCUAACAGAGCUUUCAAACUUGACCAUGACCUGGAUGACUGAGAAUCUUAAUAGACUUUUAUAUUGUACUUUUUUUAGCUAUUGUUUUUUAAACAAAAACUCCACAAAUAAUCUUCCCUCAGUUCCCCAGUUGUCUUUUGUGAGAUUGAGGACCAAUGCUUGUUUCGCUCCUCAGCACUGAUCUUGUGUCAGUACAGCCACACAUGACAAAACCCGAAUAUCAUCUAAAAACUGUAACAACCUGUCACCAUAAUGCAUUAUCACUAAAUUCAAUUUAAGAGCACCUGGACAUUCCUCUUGUGGACUAUAGUUAGUUCUUUAGGCAAUUUCCUGCUUUAAAAUGACAACAGUAUUAUUAAGGUCUGCUUUAUUGCACAUGUUCCAAUAAGCUUAAAAUGAACUGUGAAAGUGUUUACUUUGUUGAAUAUUUUGUGUAGUAUAAAAAUGUACAGAAUGUUUAUAAAAUGGAUCUUGUAUACUUUAAGAUAUAUAUUAAAAAAAUAUUUCAUUUAUCUUUGUUUUGAUGAUGUCAGGUAUUUGGCCAAGAUUCUAUUAAGACUAUUUGGCUUAUUAUUGUGUGUGAAAAAAUUGAGUAACGUUUUCAAAAAGAGAUUAAAUACUUUUAUUAGUA